CUGCUGCUGCUGCUGCUGCUGCCUGCUGCCCCUCGUCCUCCCCGCCGCCCCAGGUGUGAGCUGUAAAGCUGGCUGCCACCCAGUGAACGGGUUUUGUGAAUUUCCCAGUGAAUGCAGGUGUCUGCCUGGUUGGCAGGGUGCUCUCUGCAAUCAGUGUGUCCCUUUCCCUGGGUGCUUGCAUGGCAGCUGUGUCAAACCCUGGCAGUGCAUCUGCGAGGAGGGCUGGGUUGGCAGCCUCUGUGACAUAGAUAUUCAGCCAUGCUCUGCAAAGCCCUGCACCAAUAACUCAACAUGCAUAGAGACUGGUGAUGGAGGAUAUAUUUGUCUGUGUGCCCAGGGAUUUACAGGAAAAAACUGCCAUCUCAGGAAAGGACCUUGUAUUAUUAAUGGCUCUCCCUGCCAGAAUGGAGGAACAUGCAUUGAUGACAAUGGUUUUGCACCUCAUGCUUCCUGUCUGUGCCCUUCUGGUUUUGCUGGCAACUUCUGUGAAAUAGAUAGGGAUGACUGUGAAUCCAACCCAUGUGAAAAUGGAGGAACGUGUACAGAUAUUGGUGCAGGUUUCAGCUGUUUAUGUCCCCAUGGCUAUACAGGAAAACUCUGUAGCAGCCGUGUCACAUUCUGUGCAAGUGACCCAUGUGAGAAUGGAGGAACAUGCAAAGAGCACCUACAGGGAGGAUUCAAAUGCAUCUGUAAGCCAGAAUUUGUUGGUGCCACCUGCAAACAUACCAGCAAAAACACAAGCCUUUCUGCAGUGAAUAUUGGCACAAAGAACAUGCAGAAUUACAGGCUUCCCCCAAAAUCUCAUCACAGAUCAGUGCAUCAAGAACAUGAAAUCCUGAAAAUAACAGUGAAAGAAACAAUCCAAAAUGCAGAUCCCUUGCUCAGUAAAAGCCAAGUGAUAUGUUUUGUUGUACUGGGAUUACUUACGUGUCUUGUAGUUUUGGGUACAACUGGGAUUGUUUUUUUUUCAAAAUGUGAAAUGUGGUUGGCUAAUGCCAAAUAUAGUCAUCUCCUGCGCAAGAAAAAGAACUUUCUUCUGAAGUCUAGUGAUGGGGAAAACCUUUCUGUUAAUAUUAUCUUCCCAGAGAAAAUCAAAUUGACGAAUUACACCAAGAACUACACUGCCAUCUAG